AUGUCGAACCCCGCCGAAAGAAUUGCAGAAGAUAACUAUGAAAGAGAAAAUGAUGCUUCGCCCGUGCCAGGAAACGUCACAGAUAGCUCCUAUGCCGAAGAACCCAACCCGAACCUGAGAGAUAAAGUCCCUAUCCAGCCAGACGACCAGUCAUUCGAAGAUCCAAUGCAACCUCCUUAUUCCAAUUCUGACCAGCAGCUUGAGAAGGACGAAAGCGAAGCGAUCGAUAAGUCCAAUGUCUUAAGGGGAGAGCGUCUCCGUCAUGCAAAGCCUAGAACGGCGAACAGAUACAAUGAGGGGCCAGAUGAAAAUGAUCUACCGGCCGGGGCGGAGUGA